CCUUCCUAUACCAUCCUCACUCGAUGCAACGACAAUGUUUUAUCUUGUACAUUAUUUUCUAUUUUUUAUACUGAUAAUAAAUAUUCAUAAGAUAUCUUGCUUUAAAGAUACAUCUCCUUUCAUAUUUUAUAGAACUUAUAGUUCUUUUAAGUCUAUUUUUUCAGAUCAUAUAUCAAUAACGCUAUCAGGACAUGCAUUUCAGUCAUUAGUAAGAUCGUCAAUUGAUUGUGAAUCAGGAUAUCAUGUUUUUGUUUUACAACCGGGUCUACACGCAGAUGAUUUAAAACAUUCAGUAAUGCCAUGGAUUAAAAACUCAAUUGAUAAAGCACCAGAACGCUUAGUAGUUCCAUAUGGAUAUGGUUAUGUAGAUGUUGAAAAUAUUAUUAAAUAUGUGGAAGAUAAAUGUUAUAUAAAAAGUAUUUUAAUUGAUGCAGAAAGCGGAGAAUAUCCGUUAUUAUAUAAUGAAACGGAGAAAAUAUUAAUACUUCAAUUUCCUCCUAUAGUAGGUACAAUGGAGGAGCGACGACAUUUAUUAACGAAUCAUGAUUUAUUUCUACAUUUUUUAUUAGCAUCAUUACCUCAUGAAUCAAAAUAUUCAAUGAUUUAUAUAUCUACACCAGGACCAGUGAUAAUUCAACAUCGAGAUGCAUCAGUCUAUUCAACACCUAUGAUUCCAGUAAAAUAUAAUUCUAAUAAUCCUAAAGGAUUAUUUUCUAAAUAUUCAUUUUUUUCAGAAGGAAUUUAUAUGAUUUGGAUAGUAUUGUUUAUUAUUUUUUCUAUAUUAAUAGUUGCUUUAACUGCAAUUUCUUCUAUUAAGAUAUCAUAUGGCUCAUUUGAAUUAAAGAAGGAUGUUAUUAAAAAAAAUAAAUAAAUGGUUUAAUAUUAUUUGAUAUAUUUUACAAUGUAUAUUUAAAA